AUGUCCACACAACGGUCCCCAAAGACCGUGUUAAUUUCAGGAGCAGGCAUCGGCGGACUGACACUGGGCGCGCUUCUAGAAAAAUCAGGCACUCCAUAUUUGAUCCUCGAGCGAGCAGCAACGGUCAAACCCCUCGGAGCAACGCUAUGUAUCGGUGGACCCAUCAUGCCCCUCCUGAUUCAACUGGGUAUCUAUGAUGAAUUUGUGGCCAUUGCCAAACCAUCAACCUAUCUUGUGGUCAACAACGAGGGCCAGGAAACCUUCACCGGAUACUCAGACUACGUAGUCUCGCGAGCAAAACUCUACGACCUCCUCGCAGACCAAAUCCCAUCCGAGAAACUACUUUUUGGAAAGCGAGUCCAAACCGUCAACCAAACUCCCGAAAAAGUCCUUGUCCAGACCGAGGACGGUGCAUCCUAUGAAGGCGAUAUCCUGGUCGGCGCCGAUGGAGCCUACAGCGCUGUCCGUCAACGAUUGUAUGAGACGUUGAGCAAAGAGGGCAGGUUGCCUAAGGGGGACGAAGGAGAUCUUCCGUUUAGUUAUACUUGUUUGUUUGGGCAGACCAAAGUGCUGGAUCCGGAGACGGUCCCGAUCUUGAAGGAGCCGCUGUGUCAGUUCUUGACCACCAUUGGCGACAACAAGCCGUACACGUGGGCGACGCUGAGGACAAGGCAGAACACGAUAUCGUGGCUGGUGGUGAACCACCUUCAAGGCGUCAAAACCAAGGGUAUCCAUAACCAGAACCACAACCCGAACGAUAACGCCGAGUGGGGUCCGUACGCAGCCAAGGCCAUGUGUGACCAAACCAGAGGGUUUCCGAUUCCCAUUGGCAAUGGUUUGACAACCCUCGGUGACAUUAUCGACUUGACACCUCCGGAUCUUAUUUCCAAGGUUGCGCUUGAGGAAAAGGUCUUUGAGACUUGGUACUCUGGUCAUGUUGUCUUGAUGGGCGAUGCGUGCCACAAGAUUAGUCCUGCUGGAGCUCAAGGUGCGAUGAAUGCGAUGCACGAUGCGGCGGCGCUCGCCAACGCCCUCUACGCCCUGCCAUCCCGAUACUCGUUGCAGGACCUCUCGACCGCAUUCCAAGAAUACAAAUCCGAACGUCUCCCGCCCAUCAUGGAGUCCUUCAAGAACAGUCAAUUGAUGGGCAAAUCGAUCGAACGCGGUCUAGGAGGAACGGCUACUCGGUUUUUGAUGCAACAUAAACCUGACUGGUUAUGGAGACUGGUUCUGAAGGGUAUGGUUAAGAACAGACCUAUGGCGGGUUGGCUGGAGGAGGUUCCUGUUCGAGGUAGUGUUGUUCCGAAUGUUUCUGUUAGCGAGGUCAAGGCCAGGGCAUUCUUCAAGCAACGAGCGGCGGAUGCUGCUCCUGUUUCUCUGUAG